UAUAUAUAAAAUAUAAUUAAAUUAAAAUUACUAAAUAAUCAAAUAACAAAAAACGUGAUUUUUUUAUAAUCAACAAGUUUAAGAUAUAGUUUUAUACUAUAUAAAAAAAAUCAUCUGCAAAAUACAUCCAGUGAAAGUGUGCAACUUUCGAUUUAGACUCUGGCCAAAAAACAAAUUAAAUAAAAAGGAGUACGUACGAAAUUCUUCAUCUUUUUUCUUUUGUUUCACUGCAAUUUGGCAACUGUAAACAGGAGUUUUGUGUGCAACAUUUCAUAUUGUUUAAAUAAAAACCAAUUUCGAAAAGUCAAAACCGAAGAUAAUGCACCCAAAACGAAAGGCAUAUGAAUGGACAUCUUAACAUAAACUCAGAAAAGAUUUCAUCAUCUUGAAAAGCCACUAAUAAAAUAAAAUUAAACGUAGAAUUGGGAAUUAAUCUAAUACAUUUAACGAAGCAAACCACCCACCAACAGCAUCACAAGGAGAAACUCAAGAAAAAUGAUUUCGAUAAAAGUUCAUUGUAACAUAAUAUUUGGUUUUAUGGUCAUAUGCGACAACAUUGGCUGCCAUUGGGGCUGCUAAUGCUGCUGCAGAUGUGUUAUUGUUACUUCCAAUCGAAAUAAAAAAAUAAAACAAUAAGCCACGUUAACAACAGCAACAACAACGACGAUUUCCAGCUAAAAGAUAAAUGCUAAAUGAUAAUGAAUAAUGCAAUCGGCCACAUUGGAAACGUUACAUCAUCCAGCUUUAUCAAUACCAAUAGAUCUGUGCCAUAUUGGGAAUAUGCCGCCUUGCUACAACCACUGGCCGCGAACAUACCGAGAGCACAUAAUAUGGCUGCGCAACAGGCACACAAAGAACAACAUCCGCCAGAGCUGUUGCUGCAGCAAUCAAACUCACCCGCCUUCUCAAGAAACGACAAUCACAGCCAUGCAUCAGCGUCGUCUGCGGCAGAGACCACUCAAACGCCUGCGUCGCAAUUCUAUUCGAGUUUCAAUAUCUCAGAUGAUCUCUUUUACUACUUCAAUGGGUUCCUGGAGCGUGGAAACGCACCGGAAGUCUCCACCUCACCAACACCUGUUGAAACUAUCACCACACCCGCGGAAACCUUCAACGUCACGAGCAUACCUCAAGAGCCGGACUUUAGCGAGUUCCUCAGUGCAUUGCCCAAUGAUCGUGUCAGCCUGCUCUCCUUCCUAUUUCUCUUUUCCUUUGCCACUGUGUUCGGUAACUCGCUGGUCAUCUUGGCCGUCAUAAGGGAGCGUUAUCUCCACACAGCCACAAAUUAUUUUAUUACGAGUCUGGCGGUGGCUGAUUGUCUGGUUGGCUUGGUUGUGAUGCCUUUUUCUGCCCUUUACGAGGUGCUGGAGAAUACUUGGUUCUUUGGGACGGAUUGGUGUGAUAUUUGGCGCUCGUUGGAUGUUCUCUUCAGUACGGCUUCCAUACUCAAUCUCUGUGUAAUAUCGCUGGAUCGAUAUUGGGCCAUAACAGAUCCCUUCUCAUAUCCCAUGCGCAUGACCGUGAAAAGAGCUGCCGCUCUUAUUUGCGCGGUAUGGGUGUGUUCGAGUGCCAUCAGUUUCCCUGCGAUAGUGUGGUGGCGUGCAGCCCGUGAUGGCGAGAUGCCUGCCUACAAGUGUACCUUUACGGAGCACUUGGGAUAUCUGGUGUUCUCCUCCACAAUAUCCUUUUACCUGCCGUUACUCGUGAUGGUAUUUACGUAUUGUCGUAUCUAUAGGGCGGCCGUAAUACAAACUCGUUCACUGAAGAUCGGUACGAAACAGGUACUCAUGGCCUCCGGUGAACUACAGUUAACGUUACGUAUCCAUCGUGGAGGUACCACACGAGAACCCUCGACCAGCUCUCACCAUCAGGCGCUGCACGGUUCGCUGGGUGGGGCGCCGAGUGGCGGAUCUCAACAUCAUCCCCACUCACAUCACCAUCACCGCACUUCGCAUCAUAAUCAUAGUGCCGCGGGGACUACCACCUCAACGCCGGAGGAACCGGACGAUGAACCUCUAUCGGCAUUACAGAACAACGGUUUGGCUCGGCAUCGUCACAUGGGCGGCAAGAACUUCUCUUGGUCUCGCAAACUGGCAAAAUUUGCCAAAGAAAAGAAAGCUGCCAAAACGUUGGGCAUUGUCAUGGGUGUGUUUAUUGUUUGUUGGCUGCCAUUUUUCGUUGUAAAUUUGUUGUCGGGCUUUUGUAUGGAGUGCAUAGAACACGAAGAAAUUGUUUCAGCGGUUGUCACUUGGUUAGGCUGGAUUAAUUCCGGUAUGAAUCCUGUAAUUUAUGCAUGCUGGAGCAGAGAUUUUCGAAGAGCCUUUGUGCGUAUAUUGUGUGUAUGUUGUCCACGUAAAAUUCGGCGAAAAUAUCAACCAACGAUGCGUUCAAAAUCUCAGCUUAGCAGUUGCAGCUCUUGCAGUGGGAGUAGCAACUGCGGUAGAAAUAGUGUGGUUCACCAUCACCACCACCAUCACCCGCAUCAUCAUCAAGAACAACUGCAGCAACAACAGCAGCAGCAAUUUCAACGCGAACGUUCCUGUACACGAUGUCAAAGUUUUCAUCGUCACCACCACCGACAAAGGAGAAGAUCUUCAGGUGUUCAUUACACUGCAGCCACCAAUGUGAUGUCGAACACCACCAAGGCCAUAGUGACAGUAACACCACCCAUUACAGCCGGUGGUGCAUCACGUUUAUCUACGGCAACCACAACAUCCGUAUCGCCAACAUCUUUAACCAGUCUAUCAUUGGCAUCUCCCUGCAAUUUAAACAAUUCCAGCCACUUAAGCGGUGGUGCAACAACACCACUGCAUCCUGGUGCCAGUAAACAUUGCACAUUUGCCUUGACCCCUAUCACGAUUCCACCACCGCCAAACAAGGUGUCUUUCUUAUCAACCGCAAAAUUCCAUACGAAUUCAAUCAAUUCAAGUAGUGCAACAAUUGCAACCACUCCAACACUACCACAACCACCACCCAACAAUAUUGCUGCCACCGCAGCAGCAAUUUCUUCAAUUAUUACGCCUUCCACACCGCCGACACCUGCAAUUGUUGAUGAAGAUGAUACUGCCAUGGUCGGUUUAAUGAAUUCGCACAAUCAUCCGAAAUUGCAAAUGCGACCAAGUGUUACAAGUCAAAUUACUACAGUGGAAGAUGUUGAUGAAAUUUGUAAACUUCCCCUGGACGAUGAAUGCGUCGAUGCUGUCAUUCAUCAUCAACAUCGCUACUCCAGUCCAUCGUCCAAUUCCUCGUUAUCGUUAUCUUCGUCCGCUGUUAUGACACGUGAUAACAUUGUUCCUUAAGGUUAGUUAAUUAAAUGUUUUUAUUAUAUUUGCUAUUAAGUUUUAUUUAUUUUCGUUUUUUUAUAAGUUUCUUCCAAAACUAAGUAGUCUUCCAAAGAACAUAAUUAAAUGAAAUUAAGUUAUUAGCAUCGUUAUUUUGUUAUCUCGAAAAUUUCCAAAAUUUUUAAUUUUAAGUUUGUAUUUGUUAAAUCUUUCUGUGAUAAACAAUGAUAUCGUUGCAAAUGUCAUAUUUGUAAGACCUCUUUUGUGAGGUGUUUUAUAUAUUUCAUUCCUUCUUUGGACUAGAAUCAAACCGAAUUAUCUCAUUCAUGACAGAAUAAGCUUUCUUUCGUUAAGAAUAUCGAUUGCGAAGUGUAUUUAAAAAACAAGGUUGUUAUAUAUCAAAUCCUAUAGUUCGACACUAGCUCUUUGGUACUCUCUACUAAUUACAUGUAUUUAAGUAUUUAAAAUUAGAAAUUUCAAAAAAUACAAAUGAAAUUGGUUUUAAAAACAAUGCCGAAUUAUCAGAUUCAUAAUCGUAUAAGCUUUUUUGUACCGGUGAGAAAUUUUGUUAUCGUAAUUAAAUAUUAAAUACUAAACUUUAUUGUUCGAUAUCAUUCAUAACAAAAUCUGUUAUUGAUUCUUUUACUCCCACGUUGCUUCACACACAUUUUUACUUUUAUUAAUUUAUUUACCAAAGUUUAGUCAGCCUGAACAAAUAAUUGUUAUACACGUGUGGUAGCGGAAUUUAAUUAUCACAGCAACAAUAGAAAAAGCUAAGAAAAAAGAGUGUGCUAUUGUUAUAAUUUAUUGUAUUUAAUUAUGUAGGUUUGUUUUUUUACAUAAUUAGUUAUAUUUAUAUUGUUAAAUCUUGUAAUAAUCUGGUACCUGCUAUUUAUCACAACAACAAAAGAAACCAAAAAAACAAUUAGAACAGAAAAUAAAACAUAAUCACACUUUAAUGUGAAUUAAUACAUAUUAAUCAUUAAAAUGCAUAAAAUAUAUAAAAAAAAACAACCAACAAUCAAACACACAUUAUUCACUCUUACAAAAAAGUUCAAAUUUAAACAGAUUGUAAAAUGUUCCUUUAAUUAUUUUUUUAUAUUUAAAUAAAAUAACUAAAUAAUAAAUACUCUAUAAAUAAAUGUAUAUUGAAAAUCACUAACAUACACACAGCUAAACCUCAUAUGCAUGUGUGUUAAUAUGCAUAUGUAUGUAUUUGUAUUAAAUAACUAUCAUAAGGAUUAAGUAACAGUAUAAGUAGAUUGUAAUAAAUAGAGACGUAUAUGUAUGUGUAAUUCACAUUAUAUUAUGAUAAAUUUUGUAUUAUAUAAUUUACAUACAUUUACACAAUCGUUUAUUCUCUCAUCUCUCCACAUGAAUUAUUCCGUAUACAUUGGUUGUGUGUUGGUGUUAGCGUACAUGUGUGGAGAAAAAGUUUAACUUUGGAUCCAUAAUGAAGUCAAAAGUUACCCAUAAGGUUAAAAGUAGAGUGCAUAUAUUCAAAACAAACACAAACACUUGCCAAAAAGGGCAAUCUGAAGAGUCCUUUUAAAAUACUUAUUCCUUAUUUUUGUUUAGAACUUCCAUAAUAUUAAUUCGUUUUACGAAUGUCGUUGGUUUGUCGUGACUUUGUCGAAAGUUAAGUUAUAAAUUAUGAUAUCAACGCGCAACUAGGUCCUGGCUAGUCAAUGAACUACCCAGGAGGCUUGUCCAUACAUUAGUAAGUAGACUAGUCCCUAAACCAGUUAAUGGAGAGGUCAAUGGACUAGUCUGUAGACUUAUCCCUCUACAUAUACUAGUACUUAGAAUGGUCAAUAGACUUGUUAAUAGACUAGCCCAUAGACUAGUCAGUAGAAGAGUCAAUGGACUAAUCAAUAAUUCAUAGACUAGUAAGUAAACUUUUUAAUAUAUACUAGUCCAUAGAAUAUUCUAUAGACCAGUCAAUAGACUACUUCACAGACUUGUUAGUAGUCUUGUCCAUAGAGCAUAUACAAUUUAAUAGACUAGUCUAUAUACUAGUCCACAUGCUAGUACAUAAACUGCUCCACUCAAUAGACCAUAGACAAGUAAAUAGACUUCUCAACAAACAUAACAAUAGGUAAAUCCAUUAAAGAGCCCUUCACACUUUACGUACGACAAGUCUAAUGAAAAAGUAAAAUGAAAUUCCAUCCGUAUGACAAAAAAGAGAAUAAAAGUCGUAUGAUUUAUAUCUUUCGUGUUUACACGAUUGGCAUAAAACAAU